AUGGAAAAAGGAGCCAGGCACCGAAACACCACUGAGAAGAAUCACCCAGGUGGGAGAGAGUCAGAGGCCAGCCCCGAGACUGGUUCCGGAGGGGGCGGAGUAGCCCUGAAGAAAGAGAUCGGAUUGGUCAGUGCUUGUGGUAUCAUUGUAGGGAAUAUCAUUGGCUCCGGAAUCUUUGUCUCACCGAAGGGGGUGCUGGAGAACGCCGGCUCUGUGGGCCUUGCUCUCAUCGUCUGGAUCGUGACGGGUAUCAUCACAGCUGUGGGAGCCCUCUGCUAUGCUGAGCUUGGGGUCACCAUCCCCAAAUCUGGAGGUGACUACUCCUACGUCAAGGAUGUCUUCGGAGGAUUGGCUGGGUUCCUGAGGCUGUGGAUUGCUUUGCUGGUGAUCUACCCCACCAACCAGGCUGUCAUCGCCCUCACCUUCUCCAACUACGUGCUGCAGCCACUCUUUCCUACCUGCUUCCCCCCAGAGUCUGGCCUCCGGCUCCUGGCUGCCAUCUGCUUAUUGCUCCUCACAUGGGUCAACUGCUCCAGUGUGCGGUGGGCCACUCGGGUUCAAGACAUCUUCACAGCUGGGAAGCUCCUGGCCCUGGCCCUGAUCAUAAUCAUGGGGGUUGUGCAGAUAUGCAAAGGAGAAUACUUCUGGCUGGAGCCAAAGAAUGCAUUUGAGAAUUUCCAGGAACCUGACAUCGGCCUCAUUGCACUGGCUUUCCUUCAGGGAUCCUUUGCCUACGGAGGCUGGAACUUUCUUAAUUACGUGACUGAGGAACUUGUUGAUCCCUACAAGAACCUUCCCAGAGCCAUCUUCAUCUCCAUCCCACUGGUCACAUUUGUGUAUGUCUUUGCCAAUGUCGCCUAUGUCACUGCAAUGUCCCCCCAGGAGCUGCUGGCAUCAAACGCCGUCGCUGUGACUUUUGGAGAGAAGCUCCUCGGGAUCAUGGCCUGGAUCAUACCCAUUUCCGUUGCUCUGUCCACAUUUGGAGGAGUCAAUGGGUCUCUCUUCACCUCCUCCCGGCUGUUCUUUGCUGGAGCCAGAGAGGGCCACCUUCCCAGCGUGCUGGCCAUGAUCCAUGUGAAGCGCUGCACCCCAAUCCCAGCCCUGCUCUUCACAUGCAUCUCGACCCUGCUGAUGCUGGUCACCAGUGACAUGUACACACUCAUCAACUACGUGGGCUUCAUCAACUACCUCUUCUACGGGGUCACCAUUGCUGGGCAGAUGGUCCUUCGCUGGAAGAAGCCUGACAUCCCCCGCCCCAUCAAGAUCAGCCUGCUGUUCCCCAUCAUCUACUUGCUGUUCUGGGCCUUCCUGCUGGUCUUCAGCCUGUGGUCAGAGCCUGUGGUAUGCGGCACUGGCCUGGCCAUCAUGCUGACAGGAGUGCCCGUCUAUUUCCUGGGGGUUUACUGGCAACACAAGCCCAAGUGUUUCAAUGACUUCAUUGAGUUGCUGACCCUGGUGAGCCAGAAGAUGUGUGUGGUCGUGUACCCCGAGGGGGAGGGGAACUCGGGGACGGAGGAGACAAAUGAGGACACAGAGGAGCAGCGGCAGCCCAUCUACCAACCCACUCCUGACAAGGACAAGGGCUUGGUGGAGCAGCCCCAGCCUUGAGGGCCACCUUCCCCUCAGCUGGCUAUGCCCUCCUUCAUUCCCCUUCCUGCCCUACUUCCCUGCCUGGUCCCCCCCCCGGCACACACACGCCCCUCUCUGCUUCUGUCAGGCAGGGGCAGGAUCUGGGUGCAGGCAGUGAGCAAAGGCACUGACUGCCACGUGUACCCAGAGAACCAGCCUCUCACCCCAGAGCCUGUGUCCCAGGCCCCCACGCCAGGGCUGCCCUCAGGGCCCUUGAUCCCAGGCCACAGCCUCAGCGGCCUCCUGAGGAAACUGAAUUCACGGCUGCCUUCCCUCCCCAUUCCUGAGCCCAAGGGGGGCCUCAGUUCAGAGAGAAGUGGCAGCCACAGUGAGUUGGUUGGGAAAGGACAGACUCAGGCUAAUCUGUCACCAUUAACUGUCAGCUGGAGAGACCCAAAACCUCUCCAUUCACCAGGGACCCAAAAGUCAGAAGGGAUGCAUCCCUCUGCCCUCUUUCCCACCUACCCCAACCUGAGCUCCCUGUCCAGAGUAAGGUUCCUUUCAGAACACCACCUGCCCACCGACCACCAAGAAGGACAACUGCCCACUCCCCCACCCCAUGCCAGGCCUGGGGGCCGUACUGUUAAAGGCUGAUUGCAGAGACCCAGCCCUGCACUGCACCCUGCUCCCGACAUGGUGCCAACACUUCCUGAAGCCAGAAGGCUUCUUAUUUUCAAUGUAGUGGACAUGUCUCCUAACACAAAGCAGCUCAGCAACUCCUCUCUCCCCACCCCCAGGGGAAGGAGCAGUCACUCCACUGUCCCUGCAGUGAUGCCCCCAACACAUCCACAUGGAGCCACCCCAUCGUGUCCUCCUCCAAUCAGGACCUUGGCUCAGGAAUGGGUGUGAAGGAUCCCCAAGCCCUUCAGGCCUGACAUCGGAGCCAAAUCAGCCUUAAGUCACCUCCCAUCCAAGAGCUAGGCCUAAAAAUACUCCCUUAUUUGUAACCCUCAGAACAGACCUGACAUUAAAUGCCUUCCCUGGGAGGAAGGGCACUUUCCCACCUCCCCGGAGGUACCCAUCGCACAACCUCGGGACUGUUCAGAGGGGAGAGAGUGUUUUCUGAAGGCCAGCUCCUCCCUCUCUCCUUCCUGGUCUCACCGCCAUCCUGUCUCGGGGCAGGAUGAGGGCAGUGGCAGAAAGGCACAGCUUUACAGAUCCUCAUGAGCUCUCACUGUGCUUCACAGGCAGGAGGUGGUGUUUGCCCUGGGCCUUGCAGCCUCCCCAGCCACACCUAUUGUGCUAAGGAUAUAGGAUUCUUUUAUUCCAAAGCAGGAUUGUCUCCCCGCUCCCCGCAUUCCAUCUGCUUAACUGAAAUUCCCAAGGAGCCCCUCCUGGUCCCCAGCUUCUCACCCAGCUCGCCUGACCCACAGUUGGUGAGAUGCUGGGUUUGGUCUGAGUUAUGGCCCCUUCCAGGAGACACCAGGCAGGCUGGGUUGGCCCCUGGAGGGUCAGGGGACCAUCUCCUUGUUCUCUUUCUUCUCAUUCCUCCAACCCCCUCUCCUCCAAUUAUUUUUUUGUAAAGUGAAUGCCUUACUUUUUUUGGAUAAAUAUUUUUGAAGCUGGUAUUUCUAUUUCUUUCGGAUUUUUUAACGUAAGGUUGUUUUGGGGGUACAGUUAGAACCUUCAUAAUCUUUGAGUUAGUUUAGGUUUUACAGUUUGGUUU